AUAACUCAUAUUUAUACUCCACCUUUGAACAUUCAUCCUCAGGACACCUAAAAGUCUAAGCACUUUUUUUUCUCUCUCUUAGUGUGUCCAAAAUAAUUUCAAAAACUAUAGCACUACGUUUUCUUUUUCUUUCUCAAAGUCUCAAAGCUAAUCAAAUAACAAUAUGCCGAUGGAAAAUGAAGCAAAACAAGGCGAUAUAAUUUUCCGAUCAAAACUCCCUGAUAUAUACAUCCCAAAUCAUCUCUCAUUACACUCGUAUUGUUUCGAAAACAUAUCAGAAUUUAGUUCUCGUCCAUGUUUAAUCAAUGGGGCUAACAAUCAAAUCUAUACUUACGCUGAUGUUGAGCUAAAUUCAAGAAAAGUUGCUGCUGGACUUCACAAGCAAUUUGGGAUCCAACAAAAGGAUACUAUUAUGAUCUUAUUGCCAAAUUCACCCGAAUUCGUAUUCGCCUUCCUUGGUGCAUCGUACCUUGGAGCUAUUUCCACGAUGGCUAAUCCAUUGUUUACCCCUGCUGAAGUUGUGAAGCAGGUUAAGGCUUCUAAUGCUGAGAUCAUUGUAACUCAAGCUUGUCAUGUUAACAAGGUGAAGGAUUAUGCGUUGGAGAAUGAUGUGAAGAUCGUGUGCAUCGACUCGGCUCCUGAGGGUUGUGUACACUUCUCUGAGUUGAUUCAGGCUGAUGAGCAUGAUAUCCCUGAGGUACAAAUCAAGCCAGACGACGUGGUGGCCCUGCCAUAUUCCUCCGGGACAACCGGUUUACCUAAAGGUGUCAUGUUGACACACAAGGGGCUUGUCACAAGCGUGGCACAACAAGUUGAUGGUGAAAAUCCAAAUUUGUAUAUCCAUAGUGAGGAUGUGAUGCUUUGUGUGUUGCCCUUGUUUCAUAUCUAUUCUCUCAACUCCGUUUUGCUUUGUGGGUUAAGAGUUGGAGCAGCCAUUCUGAUUAUGCAGAAAUUUGAUAUUGUUCCAUUCUUAGAAUUGAUACAAAACUACAAGGUCACAAUAGGGCCAUUUGUACCACCAAUUGUUUUGGCCAUUGCUAAGAGUCCUAUGGUUGAUAAUUAUGAUCUAUCAUCAGUAAGAACUGUUAUGUCUGGGGCUGCACCAUUAGGAAAAGAACUUGAAGACACUGUUCGAGCCAAAUUUCCUAAUGCUAAACUUGGUCAAGGUUAUGGGAUGACAGAAGCCGGACCAGUGCUGGCUAUGUGUUUGGCAUUUGCAAAAGAACCAUUUGAGAUAAAAUCAGGAGCAUGUGGCACUGUUGUGAGAAAUGCUGAGAUGAAAAUUGUGGAUCCUGAUACUGGCAAUUCCCUUCAUAGGAACCAAUCUGGAGAGAUUUGUAUUAGAGGAGAUCAGAUCAUGAAAGGUUACCUAAAUGAUCCGGAGGCCACGGCCGGAACAAUAGACAAAGAAGGAUGGUUACAUACGGGUGACAUUGGCUACAUUGACAACGAUGACGAGCUUUUUAUUGUGGAUCGAUUAAAAGAACUGAUAAAAUACAAAGGAUUUCAAGUGGCUCCUGCUGAACUCGAAGCCCUUUUACUUAACCAUCCCAACAUUUCCGAUGCUGCAGUUGUUCCCAUGAAAGACGAGCAAGCAGGAGAAGUUCCAGUGGCUUUUGUUGUUAGAUCAAAUGGAUCCACUAUUACUGAAGAUGAAGUCAAAGAAUUCAUAUCAAAACAGGUGAUAUUUUAUAAGCGGAUAAAGAGGGUAUUUUUCGUUGAUGCUGUUCCUAAAUCUCCAUCAGGCAAAAUCCUAAGGAAAGACUUGAGAGCUAAACUAGCUGCUGGAUUUCCAAAUUAAUACUACUACUUUCUGCUUCAACUUUAAUGCUGUCAAUAAGUAUAACCAGAAACAAAUUAUUUUUUAUUAGUAAAAGUUACACAAUAUGUUCUUUCAUUUGAAUUGUAUUUGUACGUUCAACCAUUUGCCUCUUCGGUCAAAAUUAAUUAAACCGAUUUGGCAAAAGGAGGAAAAUGUACGUAAAUUUGAAUUUACAGGACUUCAUUUUUAUUUUUUUAAAA